CUUGACUUCUACCCAGAGAGAAUGCGACGAGACAGAGGACAAAAGCAUCGAAAGAAUAAAAAGGCAAAAACUUGCUUAAUGGUUGAUGGAAAAAAGAUAGGUGAGGUGGGCCGUAUAAUUGGAGUCCAAAAACAAUAAAAUAAAACGAUAUAAUACUUUCCUGUCUCCUCCUCCUUAUCUCAAGAAUAAUUAUAAACUUAAAAAAAAAAAAAACAAUAACAAAAGACUGUUCAUCCUCGUCUCUCCCAAGAAGAAAUCAAUCAUGCAAAUGAAGAAGAAAGGUAAAGUCUACCCAUCUCCACCAUCAUCAUCUCACUACCUCAACGAAGAUGAGUCUCUCUCUGUGUUGAGACUUCUCCCAGCUACAAUCUUGGUUCUAGUUUCUGUUCUCUCAACCGAAGACAGAGAAGUUCUUGCUUACUUGAUCACAAGAGGAAACUGUGGAAGAACCUCGAAGACAGCGAAGAAGAACAAAACUAGCAGAAACCACCACAAGCCUCCUGUUUUCGACUGUGAGUGUUUCGAUUGUUACACUAACUACUGGUUCCGUUGGGAUUCAUCUCCUAACCGCGAGCUUAUCCACCAAAUCAUCGAGGCCUUUGAGAAUCACCAUACCGGCGGGGAAAACUCGGUUUCGAAGAAUAAAUCUAAAAGAGGUAAUAAGAAGAAAGAGAAACCGGGUCGUCGGGUGGGUGAGAAUGAUAAUAAACCGGUCGUGGAGGUUGUGUCAGUGUCUGAGAGCCACGUGUCAACUCCAGAUAAGUCUCCGGAGAGAUUAAAUGAAGCUGAGGUGGUGAAACGAGAGCCGCGAGAUGAGGUUGUUAAUGAAGAGGAAGAAUCGACAGUGGAGAAUCCGGGGGUAGCUGAGACGGGGCAUAAGGGAUUAGCGAGGAAGGUGUUACCGGACGUGUUGGGUCUGCUUAAUUCCAGUUUUUGGCGACUUUGGAAUCCGACCGCUUAAAAGCAUCAAUCGACUCAAAGUUUAUGCUUUUUUUUUUCUGAUGUUUUUCAUAAGAAAAAAGAUAACCCAAUCUCCAUGCUUUUAUUUUUUCUUUCGUUCAUGUCUUUUAAAAAAAUAUAUCAAUCACUAUGUUUGAUAUUCUUGGUUGAAAAAAAAAUGCAGGCAUUAUCUUUUUUUUUAUGUUCAUUAAAUUAUCUAAAAUGUUCAAAUCUUUAAGUUUAUCAAAUGUAUUCAGUGUUUAGUA